AUGGGGGAGAGCGAUAACUUAUUGCGGAGCGGCGAUUGUCUUUCGCUAUCCGGACCAGCAGUUCGAAAUACCGACUUGCUUGCCCCGGCUCCUUAUCUUCGACCCUCUACGCCUUUCGCUUCAAGUCAUCACUUGAGGCUCUCGCUGGGAUUGUAUCUAUUCUUUCUCUCCACUCCGUCCGACAGCCUAUCGGUCAUGCUGCCCGUUAUUGCGCGCGCCCGCCCUGGGGCUUUUGAAGCCGGGCACGUCACCAGACUUUUGUCCUCCUCCCGUCCGACAGUGCAGCCUCGCCUGGCCUCAUGUGUCCCUCAGAUCCAGCCCAUUGCGCUCCUGUCCAACUCUUCGAACAAAGCGGCGACGGCGCUUGAGCGCCAGGGACAGACCGGACAGUCUCUGACGGCAUCCGGAAAGGUUCGCAAAGAAGUGCCUCUGGCGAGUCAGGAGAAGAAGGAGGGUGCUAUGCAAUAUGUCUUGACCACGCUUGAUCAAGUCGCCAACUGGGCCCGCCAGAGUUCGCUGUGGCCCAUGACCUUCGGUCUUGCUUGCUGCGCCGUCGAGAUGAUGCACCUCUCCACCCCCAGAUACGAUCAGGAUCGUCUAGGAAUCAUUUUCCGAGCCUCGCCCCGUCAGUCCGAUGUUAUGAUUGUUGCCGGCACGUUGACGAACAAGAUGGCUCCCGCUCUCCGGCAGGUCUAUGACCAGAUGCCCGAUCCCCGUUGGGUUGUGAGCAUGGGAAGCUGUGCCAACGGUGGUGGCUACUACCACUACAGCUACUCGGUUGUUCGUGGAUGUGAUAGAAUCGUCCCGGUUGACGUCUAUGUCCCUGGAUGCCCGCCUACUUCCGAGGCUCUGAUGUACGGAAUUUUCCAGCUGCAGAAGAAGAUGAGACAUACCAGAAUCACGCGCAUGUGGUACCGACGCUAA